AUGGCAUCAGCACCAAGUGAGGAGAACGAUGAUUCUUCUUCCACUCUUACAAAUGAACUCUUAGAAGCCCGGGAUGCUUUAGAGAAGUUGAGCGUAGCUAAUGUCCAGACAAGUGAUGGAGAUGAUGAGUUAGCGGCAUUUAGACAACAAUGGCAGCGUGAACUAGAGACCACCCCAUCACCUCAUAAGGACUCUCCUCACCAGCAAGCCAAGUUGGAACCAGAAGAAAGUCUUACUGAUGAAGAAAAGGCAAAGCAAUUGUUCCUUCGCGGUGUUGAGUUAGAGCGUAGUGGAAAGUUGUAUGAAGCAAUACAGCACUAUAAACGUUCAAUGCAAAUUAUACCGGAUGUGGAGACUAGACUUUAUGAGAGCUCAGAACAAAGAGCCGAAUCUCCUAUAGAGGAGCUGGUAGUAGAAGAGGUUAGACAAGUGGAAGAUGUGGAUAGUGAUGAUGAAAUGAUCGAAGGCGAGGACCUAGUGACACAUCUGCAGAGAAUUCUUGCGAAGAAGGGCACACUGUGCCAUCCAGAAUUUCCUCCCAGGGGUGCUCACAUAUCGUGGCUGCCGUACGAGGUAGUACAGCUGGUGCUCCGUUGGGCAGUCAGCUCCGACCUGGACGCUGUCACCCUGGAGAGGAUAUCCGCCACCUGCCGGGGCCUGUACCUUGCCGCGCGCGAGAACGACAUCUGGCGGUCGCUUUGCGUCAAGACCUGGGGCAUAGAGUGCGGCGUGCCGCGCGCGCAGGGCUUCGCCACGUGGCGCCAGAUGUACGUGGAGCGGCCCCGGAUCCAGCUGAACGGCUGCUACAUCAGCAAGACCACCUACCUGCGCCACGGGGAGAACUCCUACCAGGACCACUCGUACCGCCCCUGGUACCUGGUCGACUACUACCGCUACCUCAGGUUCUUCCCCGACGGCCUGGUGCUGAUGUGGACCACGGCCGAGGAGCCAGCCUCGUGCGUGGCCCAGCUGAAGCAGCGCACCGCCAAGCCCUCCCUCGGCAUCCUGGCCGGCCACUACAGGCUCGUCGGUGACAAGGUUGUGAUAGUUAUUAAGAAAGUGACCAGCGAGAAGAAGCCGGCGCAGACGACCAACACGCGUUUCCGCUCGCGUAGGAAAGAGACGCACGAACAUCAGGAGCAGAUAUUCCACCUGGAGCUGGAGCUGCGCGACGUGCGCUCGCGGCGCAACUGGCAGCUGGUGUGGCGCCACUACGCGGUCUCCUCGCGCCGCGACCAGUGGACGCAGUUCGAGCUGGCGCCCGCCAAGUUCCCGCCGUUCGCCUUCAGCCGCGUGCGCGCCUACACCGCGGAGGCGGCCGCGCCGCUCGCCGCGCACGCG